UCUGGAGUAGUCAUCCUCACCAUAGUCGACCUCGCAAUAGUCAAUCACCCCCGCGCAAUAGUCAAUCACACGCCCGCGAACGGGAAUGUGCAGCCCCGCACGGGAAUCUGGGGCAUGCACGGGAAUCCUGGGCUUGGCAAUGAACAAAUACUGGCCCCGCUGGUCGUCGGGAGGCACGCCGGCCGGGACCGGGUCGGCGAACGCGCCGAUUCUCUGUCUCGCGCCGCUCAUAAAGUCGGUCGACAGACGACACCCCCGCACAUCAUUACAGCGCAGCACACAGUACGCAGCACGCAGCACGCAGCACGCAGCACACAACACACAACACUACAGCAGAGAACAUGCCAUUCACCAAGAGCCAGCUUGACGAGAUCGUCAACAAGUACCACACCGACGGCUAUGUCAUUAUCGACGGCCUGAUCCCCGACGAGCUGUACGAGCCGCUCUGCGCCGCCGCCGACGAAGUCACGGACAAGGCGCGGCGGCGCGAGUGGAAGGACGUGCGCAUGGUCGGCAAGCAGUUCCCGCCGUGGGUCGAGGGCGACGACGUCUGGGGCGUCCAGAACAUCAUGCACCCCGACCUCGCCCAGCCCGUCUUCGCGCAGUGGUACGGCAGCGACGACUUGCUCGACGUCUCCGCCGCGCUCAUGGGCGUGACGCGCGACGACAUGCAGUUUGAACUUUUCAACAUCCUCGUCAACCCCCUCGAGAAGGACUAUGCGCUGUCGUGGCACCGCGACGACAUCAAGGCGACCGCGACGCCCGAAGAGGAGGAGGAGGAGCUCAAGAUCAAGCACUACAGCAUCCAGUGGAAUGUUGCGCUGUACGACGACGCAUGCCUCACCGCCAUCCCGCGCAGCCACAACCGCGUGCGCACGAGCGCAGAGCGCAAGGCCAACCUCGAGGGCGGCGAGAUGCCGGGCGCCCAGACGCUCGCGCUCAAGAAGGGCCAGGGCGUGUUCUACAACAACAACAUUAUGCACGUCGGCAAGUACAACCUCGCAGUGAAGCGGCGUACGCUGCACGGGUGCUACGGCUGCCCGCCGCCCGGCGACACCAGCCGCGCCCGCAACCUCCUGCAGCACGGGCUGGGAUACGCCACCGACCCCGCGUUCAAGAGCACGCUCCCGCAGUCGCUCUGGCCCAUGGUCGACCGCCUCAACGGCCUCCAGGCCAGCAUGGAAGGCAAGGAGCAGGUGUACUCGCAGGACCUGUAGGGGAGUGCGAGUAGUUGGCCAGAUCUUGGGGUUCAGUCGUAAUGUAUUUGCUAUUUUCACCUGGG